AUGCAAAAAGCUGUGAAACAGCUCCACGGAGCACAUGAGGGCAACGUGUCCGAGGAGCAGACGUCCGGCGCAAUUGCCGCGCACAGGAGCCGCGGAUCCACCGCAAGAAAUCGCCACUGCCAGCUACGCUGGAGCGGUAACGCGCGAAGCUCCACGUGCUCAUCAGACGGCCUCAGCGGAAACGGCAGCCCGGCAGCCGCCGCCACGGAGAGCCCAGCGGCUCCCCCACCCCCUGCCGCCAUCCCGGCCCCGGCCGCGGCCAGCGCAGGUAGCGCGGGGGAGAAACGCCAACUGAGUUCCGACUCGGAGGGCGAAAGUACAAUGGAGACCGACGCAGCCGCGGCAGCCGCCCCCUCCCCCGCCAGCAGGCGAGCGAGGAUCGCGGAGGUCAUCGCCCCUGCCGCCGCCGCCGCCGCCGCCGCCGCCCCCGCGCAGCAGACAGCCGCGCCAGCCAACAGCCCUGCCGCACAGACCGGGCCCAGCGCCGACGCCGCCACGCCGUACAGCGAGACGCGUGAGCUUGCCAUCAAAAAGCAAGUCACGAAACUGGCCCGCAUUCUGAAGGAAUCAGAAGACGAGCCGAAAGAAAACAACGUGGACGCCCCGGGCGCUGGGAAAUCCAAAAGGCGCCGGAGGAAGCGGCGAAGCCUGAGCCGUGAAAAAGACAACGACAGGAUGGACGUAUCUGAACCAGAGGAGUCAGAUACGGCAGCCGCAACCAUAAAAGCUACAACCCCUAAGGCAGAGGACGUAGUACUACGGCCAGAACGGCCGCAGCACUCCACAGACCCGCCUCCACAGACCCGCCUCCACAAAGCGAUUAAAUGCAACAGGGCUCGGGCUCAGUAUACAGUGUAA